AAGAUGAGAUCUCUCUAUAUAAACUGCAUGAAAUAACAUGUGUAACCUGAAAACAAGAACCUUUUGAACACAUGUCUUUGUCUUUACUUUCUCUUUUCCUUAUUACUCAUCUUCUUCUUCUAACCUAAUUUUCUAGAAAUAUUCGAGAAAAAUUAGGUUUAAUAAUUUCGAUAAGUAAAUAUAUCUAAAAAAAAAUGGGGAGAGGAAAAGUAGAGUUGAAGAGAAUUGAGAAUCCAACAAACAGGCAAGUUACAUUCUCAAAGAGAAGAAAUGGUUUGUUGAAGAAAGCUUUCGAACUCUCCGUACUAUGCGACGCCGAAGUUGCCCUCCUCGUCUUUUCUCCUUCCGGAAAAGCUUACCAAUUUUCCAGUCACGAGUACACAUAAAUAGGAUUAUUACAAGGUACAAAAUUGAGGCUGGGAUAACUAAAUCAGAUGAGCAAGGCAUCACAUCCAUGGAGGUAUGGAGAAAUGAAAUUGAGGAGUUGAGCAGAACAGUUGAGACACUUGAAGCAAGAGAAAAGCAUUUUGCUGGAGAAAAUCUAUCUGGGCUUGGAAUGAAAGAGUUGAAACAGAUAGAGCGGCAACUACGAGUCGGGGUGGAACGCAUUCGUGCUAAAAAGAGACGCAUCGUUGUGGAACACAUAAACUACUUGAAGAAAAAGCAUAAGGACCUUCAAGAAGAAAACAACAAUCUCCAAAAGAAGCUGCAUGAGCUUCAAGAAGGCAAUACUAGCACCAUCAUUCUAGAAUCAGAUUCAACCUGCAGGCUUUUCCAAAGGAUUGAAUGAAAUGCAUUAGUUUCAACAAGAAUAAUCAUCUGGAUGUUUUAGCCUUUGAUCUGUGGGAUACCCUAUAGCUUUUCAUGAAAGCCCUGUAUGAAUUAAACUAGGUUUUAUUAAUUAACUUCCUUCUGUUUUUUUUUUUAUUAUUAUUUUUUUUUCCUGUGAUUUAUUUCCAGUACUUUUGAUGAAUAUAUGGUUGUGUGUUGGUUCAUCAGCAUUUGGCAAAUUAAAUGGAAGUGUAAAAUAUUACUAUGAUGAUUGUAAUGAUAUUAGCUUUGCUUCAACUAAGUAAGUAGUACUACAUGUAAUGAUAUGUCAUUU